GACUGUACGUGUAACUUGCAUUGUGUGCAUCCACUCACACUUGUUCGUCACGUGAACAGGAAGCGUCCCAUUAACGCUUUAAAUUACUGGAAACCAAGCCAGCUGCUCCAGAACGUUUCCUUAGCUCGUAGAAUACCUACGUGAAAAGCAUACAGCAAACUCUUCGAAUCUCGUUCCGCAAUCGCUCUUCAGAUUCCGGUGAAACGUAGAAGUGGUUCAAGGUUCGAUAAGCCCGCGCGUGUGUACGUACAUGAAUAUAUGUCAAGGUGAUAUAACUGUGGAAAUCGAUCCUACGAUUGUCACUGAUGCAAUGCGAGGAUCGACGCUGCGUAUAAAUAAUGCGUCACGAGAAUUCUCCAACCAACGUUUAGUGAAUUAUUAUAAAUAAAUGUUGGAAGUAAUGUUUUCCAAAUUGAAACAGUGCCAAGGAGGUGAAAGUUCAAUGAAAUGUAAAGCAUAGGAUUCCGUAAUAUAUCGUCAGGAUUAUUGCUGUUAUUCAGUCGAAACAUGAGUAAUCGUCAUAUAAACAGACUACGUGCCAACAAUGGAUUAUCACAAGAAUUACUGAUAAGAAUAAAAGACAGUCAAUGGCUACUUGAGUUUCUGUUAAGCACUGAACGACUGCCAAACACUGUUAGUAAUGGAAGGUAGAGAACGUAUUUCAGAGGAUUUCCAAGGAUCAUUUACAAGUUUAACUGAGAGGUUCCUAUAGCAAGGUGCAUCGCUGAUACGACUCAGGUUUAUCAGUGAACAGAAUUCAGUUUCUAUUAAGCACCGAACGAUUGCCAGACACUGCCAGUGAUGGAAGGUAAAGAGCGUAUUUUAGAGGACUUACAAGAAGCGUUUGUAGUUUUAACUGAGAGCUACUUAGAGCGAGGUGCAUCGCUGGCACAGCUCAAGUCUGUCAGUGAGAAAAAUGGAGAUAAUAAGAGAAGCCUGGUGUCCAAUUAUGUAUGGAAUAGAAAAGUUCUCGCCUUGUUCGCGUCGAUAUUUUGCAGCAUAUUUCUUAAGCAUUUAUACACUGACACGAUUAAGAGUAUUCGUGGUACGAGAUGCUUGGUACCAAAUAAUUAUUUCGUAUGGGAGUUCACUCGGCCGAUAUCGGACUGCGAUUACUGCAGGGACGUGGCAACCGCGUUGAUCUUACCGAAUUUAACUCGCGAACAGUUCAAGGAAUACGCGUAUUCCUCCAGACCGAUGGUGGUAAAGCGUGCUGCGAGUGGCUGGCCAGCCUCGAAGGUAUUUAGCUGGAAAUUCUUCAAACAUCUGUAUGAGAAUAUUGACGGUGCUUAUGAUUCGGCAGAUGAGUGCCAGUUCUUGCAGUUCAAAAGCAACUUCACUAGUUUGCGCGAAGUGUUUGCGAUGAGCGAAGAGAGAGCUACGCAACGGAACGGGAAAGAUCCUUGGUACGUUGGUUGGAAGAAUUGUCACCUUCAGGUAUUGGACGUCAUGAGACAGUACUAUAGCGUGCCUGAUUUCUUGCCAGAGGAUGCCGAGAUCCCUUAUUCUAAUUACGUUUUCAUGGGCUACGGAGAAGGCGCUGUCAUGCACCUGGAUUACAUCUCACGUUUAAUGUGGCAAGGACAGGUCAUAGGCGAUAAAACGUGGAACGUCGCGCCGACUCCGGAAUGCGACGAUCUCUGCCCACGUUUCAAUUUUACCGUUCACGCCGGAGACGUCGUUCUCGUCGACACGAGAAUCUGGUAUCACAGCACUUACGUCGAAGGGAAAAGAUUCAGUCUGACGGUCACCUCGGAAUACGGCUAAACGUUUAUCAUAAAAAGUAUUUUUAUAUCGUGAAAUUGAAACUGCCUUAACGUUUAAGUUCAUCGAGUUUUUAUAUGCACAAAAACUUUGAUACUAACGGGACAUGCUGUUAAAGAGCGGCAUCGAAUUGUUUAUUAAUCUUGUAAAUUAAUCAGCGAGUAACCGGGUAAAAUGAAAUUAUAUUGAGAGCAUGCAUCGAUUUCUGCCAUAAUUAAAAACUAGUCGAAUAGUUUCGGGCGCUAUUGUGCAAUGCAAACGAUUAUUAUAAUAUAUAUAUGUAUAUAUAUAUAUAUAUAUUUUAUAUUAUAGUAUACAUAUUUAAAUUUUGAUACGUAUACAUGCAUUUGAAUAAAAACUGUUGUAAACCAUCGUAAAACAAUUUUACUUCCAAUCAAGAGGUGAUACAUAUACAAUUAAACAUGCUUCGAUUAACAUCGCAUAAAAUGUUGUAAAACAAAGUUGAACCGCGAUCAUUAAUUCAGACGUGUUUUAAUAUAUAGAUAAUAUAUUAUACGUAUGUACAUGUGGAAUACUGUAUCCUUCCAUCCCUACAGUUUUCAAUAAAAUACAUGAACGUGUA